UACUGCUGCGAGUCAUGGAAUGUAAGUGGACUAGAAAGCUCACCGGCGUGUAAAGCUCGAUAGAGAAUCCCCAAGAAUCUCCACGCCGUUGGUCUUCAACAGUUGGCACAACCGCGUCAUCAUCAUGUUGUACAUCCCAGGGCUGAUUGCUAUCAUCAUAUUCUAUCUGCUCAUUCUCCUCGUGGGGUUUUGGGCAGCCAGAAAAUCCAGGUCCAAUCCAGCCGGGACCACGGAGACGGAGGACGUGAUGCUUGCUGGGAGAAAUAUCGGACUGAUAGUAGGCAUAUUCACCAUGACUGCUACUUGGGUUGGUGGUGGUUAUAUCAAUGGCACCGCAGAGAACACCUUUCGUCCCGGUCAAGGCUUGGUUUGGUGUCAAGCACCGAUUGGCUACGCAGCAAGUCUAGUUCUUGCCACGUUUAUGCAACAAGGUCACCAAAUGACACUUUCAAAUGUUUCUGACAGUGUCGGCAAGAAAUCGGUCUUCGAAAGGGAACUUGGCUGGAGCGGUUUAAGAUGGAGUUUGGGACAUCCAAAAAAUUUGGCUAACAUCAAAUUUCUGUCAGAGGAAUUAUCUAUUAGCUACAUGACCGCUGUUGACUGGAAGCAUUUUCUUCGCGAACGGCUUUUGCAGACACCAACAGUUAUUGGUGGCCCAGGUAAAAACGUCGAGAUUGAUGAAACGCUAAUAUCUCUCCGUAAAAAUCACGCAGGGCGAGUCCUUCCUCAGCAGUGGAUUUUCGGAGGGAUCUGCCGUGAAAAACUUAAGAGCUAUUCAUGUAUGCAGUGCCAGAUCGAACUGCGGCCACUUUGA